GUAACCCGUGCGCGCGCUCUUUUUUUUUUUUUCCUUUAUUUUUUAUAUUAUUUUCUUUUCUUUCUUUCUAAACCCCCCCCCCUUUCCCCUUUAUUAUUAUUUAUUAUUAUACUUAUUAUUCUUAGUAAAUAUUAUUGUUAUCUAUGCUAGAUCCUUACUCUAUUAUUCCAGACUUGCCUAAUCAAUUGGCUCAAGCAAGUUUGAAUCAAUACAAUAAACUCGGAAAGAAUGGAAAACCUCAACUUCAUGCUACUAAAGCUGAAUGGACUAUUUUAGCUACUAUCUUGGCCGUUCAUUGUGUGAAUGAACAAGAUUAUACGAUCACUGUUUUAUCUAUGGGAACUGGUUUGAAAUGUUUACCUUUUAGUCGAUUGGAUCAAGAAGGUCAAUUGGUUCAUGAUGCACAUGCAGAAGUGUUGGCUAGAAGAGGAUUUAUCAAAUAUCUCCUCCGACACCCUGAUACAUUAUUUCAUUACAAUGACGAUGGCAAAUUAGUACCUCGCCCUGGAUAUACUUUCCACAUGUAUGUCAGUCAAUCACCAUGUGGUGAUGCAUCAAUGUCUGCUAUAGCUGAAAAUCAAACCGAAGAAUCUAAACAAUCGUUCCAUACAGGUGGCAAACGAAAAAUUGACUCAGAUUCAAGUUAUUCAGUACUUCAUCAACAUACUUAUGCAAAUAAACGACAAAAAAGAACGGAUGAUACGGCAACACUUCAAAGAGGACGGUAUGAUUAUCAAAAAUUUGGGAUCCUACGAACAAAACCAGGUCGACUAGAUUCUGAACCAAGUCUGUGUAUGUCAUGCAGUGAUAAACUGGCUCGUUGGAAUGUACUUGGGAUUCAAUCGGCUAUGCUUUCUCAUAUCUUUGAUCCUAUCUAUCUUGAUUCUAUAGUCAUUGGCGAUUUAUUUGAAAAGGAAUCUUUGGAAAGAGCUCUCUAUGGUCGUUUGACGAAUCUUGAUGGUUUACCUACGCCUUAUAAGGUACAUUACCCAAGAAUAGAAUCUACAACAUUGAAUUUCUGUUUUUCCAAAUCUGCUUUGAUGGCUACUGGCAAAUAUUCUUCUUAUAUCUCUAUAGGAACAAGUAGUUCAUGGAUUCUAGGAAUGGAAAAAUGUGAAGUACUUGGAUUUGGAAAGAAACAAGGUGGGCGUAAAUAUGAAGCGGCAAAUUUGAAAACAAGGUCAAUGCUUUGUCCCAAGGUUUUAUUCGAAGAUUUUAUUACCAUAGAGACAAAAAACAAAGAACGAGCUCAUAAAUAUGCCAAUGGUACUUACCGUGCAUGUAAAGAUCAAGCAAUAUUGUAUCAAAAAGCAAAGUCUUUAUUAUUGGAUCAAUGCUUUGGCGCGUGGGUACAAACACCAUCAAUAUAUCAAGAAUUUAGUGCAACGAUUGGAUGAUUGACAGGUAGUUGUGGAACCUUUGCCUGAAACGCCACUUUGUUGUAUGCAUGUAUGAAGUUAGGGGUGAGUAUCCAAAGGCCGAUCAUUGGUUUGCUUAGGUUCUUGUUUAGUUGUAUCAUCUUUUAUUCCCCUUUCUCCCCCUUUUUAUUUUGUAUAUUAUCGUUUUUUUUUAUAUAUGACACCAGUCACCUGCUCAAUAAAACAUAAACUUUUACUUUUCUAAUCUUCUUUUACUGACUCCUUUUUUUUUCUUUUUCUUUUUCUUUUUCUUUUCCUUUUCC